AUGGCCCCCCACAUCCUCCUAAUCAACGGCCCCAACCUCAACCUCCUCGGCACGCGCGAACCCCACAUCUACGGGCACACCACCCUCACCGACGUGGAGUCCCAAGCCCGCGCCCAAGCCACCUCCCUCGGCGCCACCCUCAGCACAUUCCAAUCCAACCACGAAGGUGCCAUCAUCGACCGCAUCCACGCCGCGGCCGGCCAUGGCCCCCUCAACCCCACCAAAAAAGAAGAGGAGGAACCAAAAGCCUCAAUGAUCAUCAUCAACCCCGGCGCCCUCACACACACCAGCGUCGGCCUGCGGGACGCAUUGCUGGGGACGGGGACGCCGUUUGUAGAGGUGCAUGUGAGCAACGUGCACGGGCGGGAAGAGUUCCGGCGGCACAGCUAUCUGAGCGACAAGGCGGUGGCGGUGGUUUGCGGGAUGGGGGUGUUUGGGUACCGGGCGGCGGUGGAGUUUGCGGUGGGGUAUUUGCGGGAGAGGGGGGAGGGAGGGAAGGGGGGGGUUGAGGAUGUGUAG